AUGAAAUCAGAAAUAAUGUACGAUCUAUUUAAAUAAAAUAGUGGCGGAUAACUUGAUAAGAAUGGAUUAAAAGACGGUUGGUGGGUUGAGUUGAAUGAUAGUAUAACUAAGUAUUUAUUUUAAUAAAUAAUAAAGACAUAGUCUAAUUUCCCAUUACUGUGGCUAAUAUAAGGAAGGGAAAAAAAUAGGAAGAUGGGAUACAAAAAUCAAAUUUAAUAUCUUUGAUGAAUUUGAGGUGAUGUAAGGAAUUUUUGUAAUUAAAGUGGUGGAGGAAAAUAUGAUAUGAAUGAAAUGAAAACUGGUUAAUGGGUGGAAUUAAUUAAUAAUUUUUCUAAGUAUGUUCAUCCUAAAUAGUAACUAUUAAGUGUCAUAUUCUGGUUUUUAUAAAAAAGGAUAAAAAAAUGGUUACUGGAACACUUUAUUAAAAUAAGAAAAUGAUUUUGAGAUUAUGUAAUUAAUAUCGAGUAUUUAUGAAGUGGAGGCGGAUUUUAUGAAGAUGGAGUGAAAGAUGGAUAAUGGAUGGAAUUGAAUUCAAACGAUGAUUAUAGAUUUACUCAAAUUGGAGAAUAUUAAAGAGGUUUAAAAAUUAAUAGAUGGAAUAUUAUAUUUACGAAGUAAUAUACUGACAAUUAUAAAAAAAUGUAUAUAAAAAGUAAUUAUUAGUGGCGGAGGUUUAUAUAAUUUAGAUGGAUUAAAAUAUGGUAAAUGGAUAGAAAUUUAGAAUGAAUAAGAAAAGUAGUUUUAAAUAUAAUUAGUUUUAUUGCUUAUAUUGGAGAAUAUAAAAAUGGAAAAAAAUAGGGCAAAUGGGACAUUCUUUAGGGUUUAACUGAAAUUAAUAAUUAUAAUAUGAUGUAUUGUUUAUCAUAAUUAGUUUAGUGGUGGAGGUUGUUAUGAUGAAAAUGGAUUUAAAAAAGGCUCAUGGAAAGAAAUAGAAUAAUUUUCAUACGAGUUUGAAAGUUUAAUUUAUAAUAGAUUUGAUGUUAUUUCUAUCGGUAAAUAUUCGAAUGGAAAGAAAAUUGAAAAAUGGGUAACUAUGUAUCGAGAUGGAAAAGAUGUUGAAUAUGAGAAUUUGUAAAUAAUGUUAUUAUAACAAAGGGGAUGUGAAUGCUUUGAUUUAAAUGGAAUUAAACAGGGUUAAUGGGUUGAAAUAAGUGAUAAUUUUAUAAAGUAUAUAAUUUAAAUAAUUAAUAGUCAAUUAAUAACUUACCAUGGAUAUUAUAAAGAUGGAGUAAAAGUUGAUAUGUGGUAGAUUUAUUUUAGAGAGGAGGGAAAAGAUGAUUUUAUAAACAUGUAAAUAAAUUAUUUUAGUCCUUAGUGGCGGUGGAUUUUUUGAUAAUAAUGGAAUUAAACAAGGCAAAUGGGUGGAGUUACAUGAAAACUUUAAUGAGUACUUUAGUUAUUCAUCCUUAGUGAUAUGAAAGUUGCCUAUCAUGGUGAUUAUCUAUAUGGUAAAAAGAUUGGAAAAUGGGACACUUUAAAGCUUAAAGUUGAUUAAUCAAUUAAUUAUUCUCAUAAGUAAUUAUUAUUUGAGAUAUUGUAGUUACAGUGGAUCAUCAAGCUAAAAUUAUAUGACACCUGAUGAUUAUUUGACCCCUGAUGAUUCGAUGGAUUCGGCAAGUUUUUAAGGAAUGUAUUGUAUAAUAUUAUAAUUCCAAGCAAUUCUAUGAGAAAAAAGCCUGAAUAAAAUUAUUAAUAAUAUACUUAAACAGGAUAGAAAGCAGAAGAAGAACAUGAUCUUCAUUAAGAAGAAGAAUAUGAUUUUCAUUAACAAGAAAAACUUGACAUUCAUUAAGAAGAAGAACAUGAUGUUCAACAAAAAGAAGAACUUGACGCUCAUUAAGAAGAAAAACUUGUUCAUUAUAAACAAGAAAUUGGUGUUCAUUAUGAAGAUGGAUAAAUAAUAUAUAAUUCAAAAUAGUUUUAGAUAAUGUAAAUAAAUCUUAAUAUUUAGUGGAGGUGGAUAAUUUGAUAAAGAUGGAAUAAAACAUGGAUUUUGGAUCGAAAAUUAUUUGUCCAAAUCUUCAUAGUAUUUUUGAUUAAAAACUUAGUUUUGACUAGAUAGAGAGCAAGGGGAACUAUAAUCAAGGAAAAAAAGUAGGAAAGUGGAUUAUAGGUUGUUUUCGAAAUUUAGAAAUAAAGAUGUAUUUAAAAAUUUUUAAAUUAGUGGAGGUGGAAAUUAUGAUGAAAAUGGAAUUAAACAAGGUUAAUGGUUAGAUUUGCAUAAUUAAUUAAAUAAGUUUAUUUAUUUUAAGAUUUUGAUAGCUAUUCUAGUGAUUAUAAAGAUUACUUUAUUGACUUUGGAGAAUAUCGAGAUGGUUUAAAAAUAGGUAGAUGGGAUAUUUUGGAAUACUCCAAGAGAAUAUCGCAUUAUUAAAUUAUGUAAUAUUGUAUUAUCAAUAAUUUAGUGGAGGAGGAUCUUUUGACUAAAAUAGUAUAAAAUAUGGUGAAUGGGUUGAAAUAUAUAAGAAUGGUGGCUUGUAAACUUUGAAUUUCAUGUAGCAGUUCUGAUAUGAUUACAAUAAAAAAAGGUGAAUAUAAAAAUGGGAAAAAAUUUGGUAAAUGGGAAAUUAAAUCCAGCUCGAAUUAAUAUUAGAAAUUUAGACCAAUGUAAAAAUUAUUCUUAAUGCAAAAGUUUGGGUGGAUUAUAUGAUAUCAAUGGUCAAAAACAAGGUUUGUGGUUAGAAGAACAAUGUGGAUCAUUUUAUGAAUUAUCGUAUUCUGGAAUUUAUAUUAUAGCUCAAAAAAUUUAAUAUUGUUUGGAGAAUAUAAAAAUGGAUUAAAAAUUGGUCAAUGGGAUUAUAUGCAAAUUGAUGAAGAUGGCUCUAAUUACAUAAUCAUGUAUAUUUAAAAUAUUAUUGAAUUAGGGAUGGAGGAUUAUUUGAUUAAAAUGGUUUGAAGCAUGGUUUGUGGCAUUUGAAUUCAAAAAACUAUUUUAAUAGGUAAUGCUAAUUUUAUUUUAUCUAGUAACAUGUACAAUGUUAAAUAUAAAAACGGGUUUAGAAUCGAUGCAUGGAAAAACAAUUUAUAAUUAAUAACCUUGUUGUGAAAUUCAGUUGAAUAUUCAUAUUAAAAACGUAU